AUGUGCUUUUUAAAAAUGGCGGACCCACAAGAUACCGGUGAGUUUGGCAGAUUGCCGGCCAGAGGUGAUAGAGACCCCACCGAUGAAGGUGGACAACAAUCUCAACAACCAGAAGAACAAAUGCAACAACAAGACUUACCCUCGUCAGCCACGGGGGCGACACCGAUGUUUUCAGGGUACAACCGAUCAAUAGAGAUGUCAGCGAUGGUAACAGCGCUGACCCAAGUGGUUUCCGGAAAUAGAUCCAGCGAGUUGUCUUAUAGGCCUGACCUGAGUGGUGGCUCUGUGAAUUAUCCUGCCAAUUCACCUUCUUACUCUUCUUCAAGCUCUGGUUCUUGGACUGGACAGAAGAGAGGACGUGAUCAACAAGAAAGUGUAACUCAAUUUUCAGCGCAAGCUCAGAGGGUUCAUAGAGGGUUUGGUGAAUUCAGAGGUGGAGAGUCAUCUUCCAUUACAACCGUACCAGAGCAAGCUACAAAUGUUGUAGCACCAACCAACCCCAGAACCACAACAGCACAAACUCCACCAUUAGAUACACCUACUGCACAUGAAGAAGCAGGAGGCAGAAGAAAGUACAGAGGAGUGAGGCAAAGGCCAUGGGGUAAAUGGGCAGCAGAGAUAAGGGACCCACACAAAGCAGCAAGGGUUUGGCUAGGUACAUUUGAUACAGCAGAAGCAGCAGCCAGAGCAUAUGAUGAAGCUGCCCUGAGGUUUAGAGGCAACAGAGCCAAGCUCAACUUCCCUGAAAAUGUCAGAUUGUUGCCACCAGUCCAAGUUCCUCCACCAACCCAGUUCACCAUUUCUAAUCCUCCGGCUACCCAUUUUCCGGCAACCCCAUUGCCACCUCCAUUCUUCCAAACUCAACCUUUCCAGAGCCCAGACAUUGCCAGAGACUAUUGGGAGUACUCACAGUUCCUUCAGAGUGGUGGUGAUUUUCAUGGACAAGGACAACAUCCACCACCUACAAACUUGUUAGAUCAAAUGUUCUAUGCCUCAUCAUUAGCUGAUUUACAUUCACAUUCAUUGGGCUCUUCUUCAUCAACCUCAUUUCCUUCUUCUUCAGCCACUACAACCUCUACUACAUAUCCUGUGCUAUUCUCCGAUCAACAAACUGGUUAUUUCCAGCCAUCAGCAAGUCAAAGUCAGGGUAGUGGGUCAGAUUUUCCGGCACCCUCUUGGACAAGUUCCGGCCACUACCCUCCAUCUUCCAGCUGA